AUAGUAAAAAGAAAAAUAUUCAAUAUUAAAAAGUUGAAAUAUUUGGUCAGAAUGAAUACAAUUCGAAUCCGAUUGUGGAUCCAAAUAAUUAAUUUUGGAGGGAAAGUAAAAAAAGUUAACCCCAAAAAUCACCCGCUAAAAAUAGCUGAACGAACAAUGGAGCAAAGCUUACCUCCAAAAAAUUUGAAAUGCUCCCGCGUACUCUUUCUCCCUCCUUCGUUUUUUCUAUUCCCUCUUUCACACUAUUCAACACACCGUCUCUCCCAUUUUUUCACUCUAUCCCAAUCUCGCAUCUGCAUUUUAUUCUCCGGCGGCCGAUGGGAAAACAGGUGGAAAAGGGGAAAAUGGUUAAGCAAAGCAGAUCGAAGAAACAGGAAUUCGUGGGCAAUGGUAAGGUAACCCCUGUUCAGAUUGCCUUCAUCGUCGAUCGUUACCUUUCCGACAACCGUUACGCCCAAACGCGCACCGCUUUCCGCUCCGAAGCGUCAGAUCUCAUUUCCAAAUCGCCCGUUCAGGAGGCUCCGAAGAGUUUGUUGAGUUUGGGGGCGAUUUUGGAAGAGUACAUCACGCUGAAAGAGACGAAGGUGUGGGUUGACCAGGAACGGUGUCGUUUGGAACAGGAAAACCUCCGGGUGCAGAAUUUGCUUAGCGGCAUGCAGGGUGUCAUGAACGCUUAUAACUCCGGCGGCCCUCCCCUGCCGCUGCCUCCGCCGCCUGUUGGAUCUGUGCCUAUGUCUUCCCAGGCUGAAGCUACAGUUGCAGGGCUCGCAGGCUACAAUCCCAUGUACAACACUCCAGCUAUGAUGUCUACAUCCAGGCCCUCCAAUAAUCGAAAACAUCCUGUUGAUUUCUCGACGCCUGUUAUGUAUCAUAACACAACAAAGAGAAAACAAUCCAAGUGUGUCUCGGAUGGUCCCGCCCCUUCCAAGAAAUCUCGCAGAAGCACGCAAUCCAAAGAUGUUAACUCAGAAGAAAAUCAACAAAAAUCCCUGAUAACUUCUGCGGCUCAGUCGUCUGCUUGUGAUAAUGCUCGAAGCACUUCGCCAGUACAAGGAUGUAACAAUGUGGCUAAGUGUCUGUUCAAUCAAGAAACUCCAUCUCCUCCAUCUAAUUCGUCUUUCCCCAAAACACCCCCACGAGCAUCUUCUUCUCAAGCUGAAAAGUCAACUUCCCCGUUAGAAAAUCAUUCAACUGCUACUUCCAGUAAAGAAACCACUCAAACAAUUACGUCUUCUAACCGCACAAUAAUCUCUUCGGAGACUAUUCGUGUUAGCCCCAACAAGCAAAUAUCUUAUUACUCGAUAGAGAAGAACCAUACCUUAACUUGCUCGCCGCUAAAGACAAACUCGAAGAGGUCUAAUGUGAAGGAACACGUUAAGGGAAGGCUCGAUUUUGGCACUUGUGAAAUGCCGGUGAUUCCAGAGAACCAAACGCCGGAGGGUAAUAACUCUACAUCUGAAUCGGAAAAAGAAGGGGAUAUUCUUGGUUUGGAUUUUCCUAAUUUGGAUGCUUUGGGUGUGGAUUUCAACCUUUCGGAGUUUCUAUACAACUUUGAUUUAGGAAGUGAUGGACUCGAUUUAUCUUCUAACGAAACACUUGAUGAUUCUUCUCCAGAUUCUCAUUCAGGGUCACCACUUACUUCGGAAAACGUUGAAACGGGUACUGGACAAGUUACAUCAGAGUAUACAUCCACCAUUUCAGAAUAUCGUAGUGAGAAAGACACGAGUUUUGUCGGAACAGAUACUGUUGCAGCUAUGCGAUCCGUCACAAAACGUAUUAGAAUUGUCAGUCCUGUUAAAAACACGAGGCAAUUCGGGUCUGGAGAACCCGUCCAAUAGAAAUUAACUGAAGGAAACUAUUGUCUUAACCUGACAUUCUUACUUAGUAUUUGAUUAUACUUACAUUC